ACAAGUUCUUGACUCGUCCUGUCCAGACAUCUUCAUGUUCCACUUCGAAAUGCCAAAUUUUUCAAGAAAUUAGGGUUCACACACUCUCUCUCUCUAUGCUCAAAUUUUCCCCCUAAUUCUCUUUUCCACGUUGUUCCAUUUUCGUUUCCCUCCUCACGUAUUCAAAUUUCAAUGUCAACUUCCACAGUUUCAAUCACGGCGAAUCCUGGAGCCGCUAGGCGUAGACCCGUCGAAAAACAUAAGCCGGGCGUGGAUUUGAUCGGGGCCGAUGGAGUAACCGUUGGUUCUCCGAGUAAUGAUCGACUCGGAAUCGGUGAUAUUGGGAUUGGGAAAGAUCGAAGCCAUUCGAUUAGAGGCGAAACAGUUUUAGAGAGAUCAAGAGAGCAUGUAGCAGUUGAGGUGAAGAAGCCAUUGCCCAGUUCAGCAAACGGCAAUGUAUUGCCCCGCCGGAGUACACGAAAGGUCGUCACCAAGACCGAGAAGCCUCGGUGGCAGAGAGUGGUUCGAGUUUUUGCCAAGAAUUUCCUUCUUUUGCUGGUUCUCGCGGGUUUUAUCCUGAUAAUUCGUCGAUGGGUUUUGAAUUCGAGCAAUGGUUUUGAUGUUUCUUUGAAGGGUUCGGAUUUCGCGGGGCGGAUGGCGGAAAUGGAAACUUUCGUGAAGAAGACGACGAAGAUGAUGCAGGUUCAAGUUGAUGUAGUGGAUACGAAAAUCGAGAAGGAAAUAGGGGGUUUAAGAAGUGAAUUGGGUAAGAAAAUUGAGGACCAAGGAUCAGAAUUCGUGGCAGAGUUGGAGAAAUUGGAUGGCAGAACUGGGAAUUUGGAGAAGGCUCUCGGUGAAUUGAGGUCCACGGAGUGGUUAAGCAAACACGAUUUUGAUGGGUUUUUCGAGGAGUUUAAUAAGGCAAAGGGAAUUGAUAGUGGUAGUGAUGUGAGUUUGGAUGAGGUGAGAGCUUUUGCGAGGGAGAUAGUUGAGAAAGAAAUCGAAAAGUAUGCUGCCGAUGGGCUUGGGAGGGUGGAUUAUGCUUUGGCAUCUGGUGGGGGCAUGGUGGUGAAGCACUCGGAGCCUUAUAUUGUAGGGAAGGGAAGUGGUACUUGGUUUUGGAGAAAAGGGGUUCAUCAUGAUGCCAUAAAGAUGUUGAGGCCGAGUUUUGGUGUGCCAGGCGAGUGUUUCCCUCUUAAAGGAAACAGUGGGUUUGUUCAGAUUAAACUUAGGACGGCCAUCAUACCAGAGGCUAUAACUUUGGAGCAUGUUGCCAAGAGUGUUGCUUACGACAGAUCAAGCGCUCCCAAGCACUGUAGGGUCUCUGGAUGGCUCCAAGGGCUUGAUACCACUGAUCUAGCAGUUGAUACCGAGAAGAUGUUUCUUCUGACAGAGUUUAUGUAUGACCUCGAGAAGAACAAUGCUCAGACUUUUAAUGUGUUGGACUUGGCAGCCUCUGGUGUUGUUGACAUGAUCAGGCUUGAUUUCACAUCCAAUCAUGGAAGCCCUUCUCAUACUUGCAUCUACCGCUUGAGGGUGCAUGGUCAUGAAUCAAACUCUGUCUCAAUGCUGGCAAUGGAAUCUUGAUCCUGGCACACUAUGGUUGAACAGGCAUUACAAUUGUUAUAUUUAGUUAGUUUCUUAUUCUUUUCCUGUCCUUUGAUAAUUUUUUUUAGGGUUUCUCUUCUUCUAGUCGAUUAUGAACUUUUGACUGGUCCGGUUUUCGUUAGUGUUUUAGAUGGUUGUACUUGUAUGUGCGUUUUUUCCCUUCAUAUUUGCCGGGGUAUAGGGAUCGACCGAGGUCAGUCGGUUGGCUACUCUAGGUCUCCAGUGUCAUUUUAUAUGUACUCAGGCCUUUAAUUGUAUGAAUGUGUUUUCAAAUCUAUUGUUCAAGAGGUCAUAAUCAGCAG